CGUUCCCUAAAAAGGCAAAGCUUGAGGUCCCAAAAUUCACUGUCAAGGAGGACCCAGAAAUACACAUCAAAACUCUCCACGAAAGCGGAAGAAUGAUGGGCCUUACCGGGGACGAAAAGUGUUUGCUUUUCUUCCAAACCCUCCACAGCCGAGCUGCAGAGUGGUUUCACAAUCUCCCGACCGGCGAGAUCGAUUCUUUUGAUGAACUGGCUGAGGUAUUCCAGGAGAAGUUUAAGGAAAAUUGUACCAAGAGGAAAACAUUUACCUACUUGAGUACAGCCGGGAAGAGGGAGCACGAGGAUCUGACUAAGUUCCUCACCCGGUGGAAGGAUGAGGUUGACAAGGUUUCUUCCAAGAGGGAAGCCGAGCAAUGCCAUCCUAAGGGAAGGACCACCGUAAAGAAGGAAGUUGAACUGCCCGGCAGGUUAAAACCGGAAGUAAUGGAGGCAAAACAAAAGAACCAGUGGAUCCGGUCUGAAGGACAACCGGCCGAUCAAAACAAAAAGAAGGAAGCAGCCGGCAAGGAGCACUUACAGGUAAUUUACAGGGGACCUGAGGGAGGAGAUUCUGCUUCUCAAAGAAAGAAGUGGGGGCGUGAACUCUAUGUAGGGACAGUUGCCCUAGAUCCCCGGCAAAAGCAAACUAGACGGGAGCCGAUCACUUUCACGGACCGAGAUCUUCACGCCACCGAGGAAGAUCACAAUGAUCCUCUGGUUAUAACCAUGGAAAUGGGUGGAGUUGAUGUCUCCCGGGUACUCGUCGACACGGGCAGUAGUGUCAAUGUUUUAUACCUAGAGGCUUUUGAGAAACUUAAGCUGUGUCGAACACGGCUUGAGCCAUUAAAAACUCCCCUGUCCGGAUUCACCAGGGACUCUGUUGAAGCUGAAGGGUCAAUCCUCUUGACAUGCGAAUUGGGCACGGGGGACAAAGUCAUACAAAAUCAGACGAGGUUCGUGGUAGUGAACAUCAAAUGUGUUCACAAUGCCAUCUUGGGCCGACCAGGAAUUAACAAGGUCUGUGGAAUCAUCUCCAUGGCCCACCUGUGCAUGAAGUUCUAUACACCGGGCGGUAUAGGACAAGUCAGAGGAGAUCAGAAGAAAGUCCGGUCUUGUUAUCUUAAAGCUGUGAAGAAGAUGACAAAUGCAUUCGAAAGGGUCACCCUGGUUUCCCAAGAGGAAGACUGGUCGAAGUUAGAGCCGGGUCUGGAGCCUGAAGAGGGGCCAUCCCAUGUGGUUGAACUGUGGUGGGACAUGGCCGUUGAUGGAGCUUCUAGACCGAAGGGAUGCGGGGCUGGCAUAGUCUUUACUACUCCGGAAGGGUUCAAGAUCUACCAUACCUUGGUUUUUAACUUCAAACUUACCAACAACGAGGCGGAGUAUGAGACACUGGCCGGCGGACUCAGGUUAGCCCGAGCACUCGGUAUCAAGAGAAUGAAGAUCUGGUUUGAUUCAAGCUUGGAUGUCAGACAAGUUAAUGGAGAAAUGGAAGUCAAAAAAGAACGUCUUGCCCGGUAUAGCGAUCUGAUCCGAGCUCUUUUGAGAGAGUUGGAAGAAUUCUGUCUGACUAGGAUACCCCGGUCGGAAAACACUGAUGCUGAUAUGCUUCCCAAGUUGAUGCAAGCUUGCCCGGAGCAUGUAUCAGAGUUGGCUAAAAUUGAGAUAUUGGACCAAUCGAGUGCUGACCGAUUGGAGGUCGCGGCCAUCCAACAAUGUCAGAGCUCGGCUGUAGGAGUGAUUGGGGCGGAUGAUGAGUGGAGAUACAACCUCAUGGAAUACUUAAUGACCGGCCAGAAACCGGACGACGAAGAGCGGGCCAGGAAGGUAGUCUUGCAGGCUCCCCGGUUUCAGAUUCUGGACAGUCACUUAUACAAACGUGCUAUCGGAGGGCCUCUACUACAUUGCCUCACCAAUCCAGAGGUAGAACGGGUGAUAGCCAAGGUACACGAGGGAGUUUGUGCUGCCCAUCAUAUGUCUAGAACACUGGCCCAAAGGAUAAUUUGGCUCGGCUAUUAUUGGCCGACCAUCGUUAGAGAUUGUGAAAGGGUGACUUCAAGAAGAACAACCGGGGAGACGCCAUUCGUGCUCACUUAUGGAUGUGAAGUCCGGUUGCCAAUCGAGGCAGAAUUCCCAACAUUAAGAGAAGUCGUGUAUCAGAUCGGUCAGAACAAGGCCGACCACAUGGCUGAAUUGAAUUUGGUGGAGGAGCGGAGAACGAUGGCGGCUGUCAAAAUGGCCGGUUAUCAACAAUCAGUAUUGAGAUAUCAUGAUAACCGGGUAGGUCUAUGUUACUUCCAAGUGCACGAUGAAGUCCUGCGAAGAAGGGAUGCCACUAAGCCUAAUGAAGGAGGCAAGCUAGUGCGCAACUAGGAAGGACCAUAUCGCAUAAGGGCGAUCAUCCGACCGGGCACUUAUCAGCUUGAGACCAUAGAGGGUGGACGAGUUGACCGGAAUUGGAACUCUCACCACUUGUGCAAAUUUUUUUAGAUAAAGUGUAAUGAGUUCCUGGUCAUGAAUAAAACUUUGUUCUUUUC